CGUUAUGUGUGCCCUUAUUGUUCCAAGGGAUUCUCUAGACCGUCUAGCUUACGGAUACAUACCUAUUCUCAUACUGGAGAAAAACCAUUUGUGUGCUCGGAAGAUGGUUGUGGCCGUCGAUUCAGUGUGCAAAGUAACAUGCGACGUCAUUUACGAGUU